AUGUGGAAAUUAUACUACAUAUUUCUUUUAAUAAAAAAAUAUACAUAUAUAGAACAUUUUCCUUAUUGGAAGAAAAGUAUAGAUAAAAAUCCUCAUAUAAGUCAAAUAUUUAUCAAUGAAUGCCAAAAUAGAAGUACUUAUUUAGGUAUUUAUCUUUCAAAUGUUAGUGAUAAUAAAUGUCACCAUGCUAUGUCAUAUCUUACUGAUUUAAAUGCUAAUGAAAAUUCAAGCUUAAACGUGGCUGGAUGUUAUUACUUUUAUUAUUGGAUAUAUGCUGAUAUUCUUAAUAAUGAAAUAAAAAAUACAGACGAUAUCAAAAAUAUUUAUGAGGGUUUACUCAACAUAUAUAUCAAAGCAUUUAAAACUUUUAAUCGAACUCAUGUUUGCGAAGAAUAUAAGAAUACUUUUACAAAUGAUGAUGUACGAAAGCUAACAGCAAUAUAUAACAUAUAUAAUAGUAUUGAUGUUUUGAGGGAUUUGUGUGGAUCUAAUAGGGAAGAUAACUUCUGUAAUGAAAUAGAGACCAUUAUAAAUAAAUAUAACAUAAUAAGGAAAUAUACAUCUAAAGAAAUAAGUGAAACCAAAACAUUGACUCCCUGCAGUAAUAAUAUUGGUGUUCAUAUUAUAAUUACAGCUGUGGUGACAUUAUUGAUCUUAAUUAUUUCAUUUACCAUUUAUAAGUUUACUACAUUUGGUACUUGGUUGCGCGAUGCAAUAAUAAGGAAAAAGAGACACUGGAAUAAUACCAGUGAUGACAUUAAUUUAUUUGAAUCAUCUGAUUUAUCUUCCCGUAAUUUAAGAAAUAAUGAAUAUGACAUAUUAUAUCAUUAUUCCUAA